AUGGAUUUACCUCCGCUUUCUGAACUAGAAUUGUAGAAUAUCUACUCUUGGCUCGAUAAAAUUCCACUCUCAAGACCAAAAAAGAACAUCCAAAGAGAUUUUGCUGAUGGAGCCAUGGUGGCUGAAGUUGUUUAUCAUUAUCUCCCAAAAUUGGUGGAAAAGCAUAAUUACCCUCAAGCACAUAGCAUUUAAUAAAAGUAGUAUAAUUGGAGCACUCUCAAUUUGAAAGUAUUCAAAAAACUUGGAUUUCAGUUAUCAAAAAAUGAUAUUGAUAGUGUCAUUGCUUGUUCACCUGAAGCUGUUGAAAGGGUGUUAAAGUUGUUACAAAUUAAGAUUGAAAAAUAUUUAGAACAAUAGAAAGAAUUGGAAAGGAGAGCCCUUGAAUAAUAAAAACAAUAGUAAUAAUAAUCGCAACAAAAAUAGUAGAUGUAGGAUGAUCCUCUACAAAACUAAGAUUUAAGAUUGAUUUUGGCUGAAAAAAAUUAAGCUAUAACAGAGUUGAAGGAAACUGUAGAAAUUUUAUAAUUAAAAGUCAAGAAACUUGAAUAACUUUUAUAAAUCAAAGAUAAUAAAAUUUAAGGAUUGAUCAAUCAGCUGCAAGGUAAAUAGUGA